GGAACGUUUUGGCUGCGGAACCAAAAGGCGGUGGCACCGGUUGCCGGGGGAAGCCGGAAGUGGAGGCGCUGAGGGGCGGCCAUGGGCCGCAGCCGCUCCCGCUCGCCGCCGCGGCGCGAGCGCAGGCGUUCCCGAUCCGCCUCCCGGGACAGGGAGCGGCGGCGCAGGGAGCGAUCCCGGUCGCGGGAUAGGGACAGGAGGAGGAGCCGCUCCCGCUCCCCGCACCGGCGACGCUCCAGGUCACCGCGACGGCACCGCUCCAGCUCAUCCUCCCCCCCGCGGCUCAAGGAGAGGCGGGAUGAGGAGAAGAAGGAGAUAAAAGACUCCAAAGGCAAAGAGCGGCAGAUCACGGAGGAGGAUCUGCAGGGCAAGACGGAAGAGGAGAUCGAGAUGAUGAAAAUGAUGGGCUUUGCCUCCUUUGACACGACAAAAGGGAAGAAGGUGGACGGUGCCGCGAACGCGUACGCCAUCAACGUGUCGCAGAAGAGGAAAUACAGGCAGUACAUGAACAGGAAAGGAGGAUUCAACAGACCCCUGGAUUUCAUCGCUUGAUGCUGCGCUGGCACCGAGCAGGAUUUCACUUCCCAGAGCCCGGAUUUUGGGGGGAUUUGGGGUUAUUCCCAACAAAUCCAUCAUCCCCAAAGCACGUCCUGGAAUCCCUCCUUAUUUGUCAUUACAAUACCUGCCAUGGGUCAUUUCUCGCUGGGAUUCCAUCGUAUUUUCCCUCUUAUUUUCUGGCAUUUCAAUAAAACCCUGUGUAAAUAUUA